GGUUUUUGUACAUUCAUGGAGACCAUGUGGUACAGUGGCACUGAAGUAAUUUUAAUGAAGCACUAAGGACUAGUGCUUAUCCAAACCCAUAAUAAUUUAUUACUAGGCCUAAAUGAUCAUAAUAGGAAGUGGGAUCCUUUUUACAAUCUAGAGAGGCCUAAGCUGGUUGAUGCAGCCAUGCUUGAAAUACAUGACAGAAUGCCCGACUUAGGUUAUGCUUCUAGUAGGGUCUAUCUCCGUGUGACUGUGAGACAUUGAUGCUGGACAGUCUCCUUCUCACACUCGUGACGGUCACUUCUUGACCGUUGUUCUAAAAUUAUCUUCUUUUCCCUUAUAGUGUCACCUCUCAAAGCCAGUACCAACUUUUACGUGUUGUCUCAUCUCACAAUGCGUCUCGUUACUCUUCUCCUCUUCUUUUUCGGAAUCACGCAGACAGGCGCAUACUCAGAGCCUGGCGGCUAUGAACGUGUUCUCCUCUACUACCUAUACUCCAUCGAUGCCCAGCUCAACGGCGGCACACCGAAGCAGAUUGCGACCGGUUGCAAGGGCACACGGGGCAGUCCCUGUACACUGGACCAACUCCUCCGCUAUCUGGCCAAAGAACCAGAGAAACUUCCUACCCGAGCCGCCCCGGCGACCUCUUACCCAACACUGCCCAACAUGGACCAGACAGCCCAAGGUCUCGCGAUCAAAGACUCUGAGGGGCGAGAUUUCGCCGGACCUAUCAAGUUAGGACCUGCAUUGCCUGGCUUCAAUGGAGCAAAGUACAGCGACUUCCUAUUCAAGCUUGGGUGGAUUGCCAUCGAUCUUGCCAUUCGCUCCCCGGGAAACGCCAACUUGCUCAAGACGAACAUUCAGGCAGUUCGCACUAUGCGCCGCAAUGCUAUGAUGACGACAUUCACGGGGAAUCCAGAUAAUAGUGACAUACACGUGGUGACUACAUCGAUUCCCCUCUAUGAUGGUGCGGCUCCUGCCCUUACCGUGAACGUAGCUGAUGCUCCGGCGACUGUGGCGGCAAAUCAGGGGUUGACUGUGAAGGAUUUCAAAAAGAGGUGGCUCAAGAACUCGGAGGGUGGGCAUGUGGAUAAUGUGGCCCAGUUGAAGCAAGUGUUAGACAAUAUGGAAAUGGCAUGCUAGUAGUUCACUGAUUGUAUAGUCAUGUCAAGGACAGUAUCAGGUCAAAUUAUCCAUGGCCCGUAAUUCUAGUCCUCAAUUUUAUGUGUACCUAGUUUAUGUCUUCCCGUCUUUAUAUGC